UGUAGCCAAAAAGGAAUGUAAAUGAUCUUCUAAAAGAAUAUGCAUUAUAAUUAGGUGAAGAUGUAGAUGAGAUUGAACCUAAUAUAAAUGAAGAUAAUGCAUUUGAUGAUGAUCCAGAAAUGAAAAAACUUUAAUAAUAGUUGUAAGAAUAUUAUUCUAUUUUUGAAAUAUGGCUACUGGCAAAAUUAACAAUAAAAUUGGCUAAGCAGCCUAAUCAAUCGACGUCUAUGAUUAAAUGCUUGCAGAAUAUGAAAAACCAUCAAAUUCAUAAGGUGCAUAAUAAUAAAAGUUAAUGCGGAAUCCAUAAUAAUAAGCUUCAUCUAAUAAUUAAAAAGGAGCUAUAGAUCUAGUGACACUUGAAAACUAAUAUACUGUUCCCUCCAAAUUAUAAUCUAUGAGUGUUCUUAAAUUUGAUAUAGGUUAUAUCAAUCAAAACAUUUUGCCUAAUUUUAAAAAAAACCUUGAAAUGACAAACUUUUAUAAAAAUCUAGUAUAACCUUAUUAUUUAAUCUAUAGGUAUCUGAAAUGCAAAAAUAACUUUCUACAAUUAUAUAAAAUAUAAAAGAUGAAAAAAUCAAAGAAGGGUAAUACAUAAAUAUGGUGAGUAAAACAUUUCAAGAGGAAUAGAAUAAAUUUAAGGUUGCUACAUCUGCAAUGAAGAAUAGAUUAGGCAUGAGAUGCAAGACAUUGAAUAAAGAAUUAGAAGAUUUAAAAAAUAAGUAGUUUGAUAAAAUUUGUUAAACAUUUGGAUGCGGCCCUGAUUUAACUUAAAAAUUCUUAUUUGAAGAAUUCUAAGAGAAACCAUAUAAAGAAAAAGCAAAAGAAUUACUAAUAAGACAUAAAGAAUAUUUAAAUUUGACAUAAUAUUUAAGUACUCAUAUGAAGGAAGAGAAAAGAGAGUUAAUUGAAUUUUUAAUAGAAAAAUUAGAAAAAAGCAAGGCAAUUUAAAAUGAUUUGAAGGAAGGCAAAAAUAUUGAUUUUUCAAAGUUUUAUAUAUCAGAAUUCAAAGAAAUUACUGAAGAAUAAUUUUUAGGGAUGCCAAAUGUUGAAUUUUAGGCUAAAAUUACAAAUAUGAUAGAUUAGGUUAACUAGGCUUCAAAAGAAGAAUAACUUUAUUAUAAAGUAGCAUCCCUUGCUAAACCAAUUAUUUAAGUUAUACCUGGAACAAAGUAAAUGCAAAAAGUAAAUCCAUCAGAUAUAUGCAAAUAAUAUUUUGCCAGAUAUGAAGAAUUAUAGAAGUAUUUAUAAGAUCAAAAAAAUGCACGAUGGACACCUUUGCCCAUUUUUAAAUUAGAAUCAGAAAAUAGAGAAAUUUCAACUGUAAAUAAGGAUGUUCCAAAUGGAUCAUUAAGAAUUCAAUUUAAAAAUUUUGUAAAUGGAGAUAAAUUGUUUCUCUAAUAUGAAUUAACAAUUGGAAAGUAUUUAAUUAUUAAUUUAUUUUAGUCAAGUUUAUUAAGGUAAAACUGAAUAAGCAGAUGGUUCUGGUAAAUUAGGUUAUGUUUAAGACAUAAAUUUAAAAGAAUUCAAAAAUGGUGCAAAAGAGAUUCAUUUAUCUGUUAUUGAUAUAAAAGCAUUCAAAAAAGGAUGGCUAUCUAAUGAUCUUAAAGGAUAAGGAAAAAUUUAAUUAAAUGAUUUACUAGAUAUGUCUACAAUAGAAAGAGAUCUUUUAUUAAAUGAUAAAACAGUUUUAUAAUAUUGUAUUAUGUUAAGAGAAUCAAUUAAUAAAAAAAAAACUGUCACAACAGCAUAAAUAGUAAAAACAUAUCCAAAAUUUGAUAAAAGAAAUGGUUUAGAUUAAUAUUUAGAAUAAAAACUUAAGGAAAUACCAAAUGAACCAGUUCUUUAAAAAUAACAAAAACAAGAAAUUUAAUAACCCUAACAAUAAUAAUAACCUUAAUAAAAAUAAAUUGAAUAAGAAUAAUAAGAAGAAGAAGAGGCAUGUUAAGGUCCAUAAUUAUAACCAGAUUAAUUAAUUGUAUAAUUAUUAAUUUAAUAAGCUUUUAAAUCAUUAAGACACAGAUGAAGAAUAUCUAAAUGUAAAAAAAUUUGCAGAAAAAAUGCCUUAAUUGUAGGAAGAAUUGUUGAAUCCAGAAAAUCCUUUAAGAGGAGGUAUAUAUUAUUUUUUAGUUCAAUAUACUCCAUUUUUAUAAAAUAAGUCAGUUGAAUUAAGAUAAGACCCUUCUUAAAAAAUAUAAUAAAGAUUUGUAUAAAAAUUAUGGGAGGAUUGUUUAAGAUAAUAAAAUAGAUUAAAGAAUAAAUUAAUGAAUGAUAUGGAAGGUUAUUUUACAGAUUUGUAAAAGAUUAUAAAGAAAGAUCAACUUAUGAUAAAACUUUAUAAAUAAGCUUAAGCACCAAGUUGGUCUAAAUUUGUUGAAGGUAGAUUAGAAAUUGCAUUAUAAGAAGAAAAAGCAAUUUAAGAAUAAUCAUGAUA